UCCGCAGCUCGGCGAGGCCACACACAUCCCAUUCCCCUCUUCUCAAUUCUCAUCCCCCCAUCCCAUCUCAUAGAGAGGAGAAGAAGAACCAGAGAAAAGCUGAGCACACACGCAAGCCGAAACAAAAAGCCAUCCAAGAUGCGGAGCCCAAGGGGCGUCGGCAGCGGCUGCUACCGCGGCGCCGGCGGCCAAGACCAGCACGUCGACCUGAUCCCGGGUAUCCCCGACGACGUGGCCGUGGACUGCCUGGCGCGCGUCCCGCACGCCUCCCACCGCGCCAUGCGCCGGGUCUGCCGCGGCUGGCGGAGCGCCGCUUCCACCCCAGCCUUCGCCUCCGCCCGCGCGCAGGCGGACGCCAACGAGGACAUCGUCUACCUCAUGCAGUUCGGCAACCCGUCCGCCGCCGCUGACGACGCCGAACCCAAGGGCGACGACGGUCCCGCCAACACCCCGGCCUACGGCGUCGCGGUCUACAACGUGACGACCGGCGAGUGGCGCCGUGACCGCGGCGCCCCGCCUGUGGUGCCCGUCUUCGCGCAGUGCGCCGCGGUGGGGACGCGCCUGGCCGUGCUCGGCGGCUGGGACCCGCGCACCUUCGAGCCCGUGGCCGACGUCCACGUCCUGGACGCCGCGACGGGGCGGUGGCGUCGAGGCGCGCCGAUGCGGUCGGCGCGGUCCUUCUUCGCGUGCGCCGAGGCCGGCGGCAAGAUCUACGUGGCCGGCGGGCACGACAAGCACAAGAACGCGCUCAAGACGGCGGAGGCCUACGACCCCCGCGCCGACGCGUGGGACCCGCUGCCGGACAUGUCGGAGGAGCGCGACGAGUGCGACGGCAUGGCCACGGUCGCGGGGGACCGGUUCCUGGCCGUCAGCGGGUACCGCACGGCGCGGCAGGGCGGGUUCGAGCGCGACGCCGAGUGGUUCGACCCGGCCGCCCGGGCCUGGCGGAGGCUGGAGCGCGUCCGGGCGCCGCCCUCCGCGGCGCACGUCGUCGUCAAAGGCCGCGUCUGGUGCAUCGAGGGCAACGCCGUCAUGGAGUGGAUGGGGACCCGCCGCGGGUGGCGCGAGGUCGGGCCGUACCCGCCGGGGCUCAAGGCCGGCACGGCGCGCGCGGUGUGCGUCGGAGGUGGGGAGAAGGUCGUGGUCACCGGCGCGCUUGACGGCGAGGAAGGCGGUGGAAGGCACGCCGUGUGGGUGUUUGAUGUCAAGAGCAAGAGCUGGACCGUCGUGCGCCCGCCGCCGGAGUUCGCCGGCUUCGUCUUCUCCGUCGCCGCCGUUCGGAUCUGAGGAUCUGUUGGAUCUAUCUCUGAGUAUGUGGAUCUUCUUCGUCCCGUCCCGUCCGCGACCAAGAGACGUAAAGGCUACUAGUAGUACUAGUACGUACUGUAUGUCCGUGCACCGUUUCCGCCAUUGCUGGAUCUGAUGAAGUUGAAGACCCGCCCGAGAUCUGUUGGUCGGCGCACCUGUGUUGCCCUGCCAUCGAGGGAAGGGCAAGGAGGUGGUCGACGCCAGCCAGAUCAGAUCCGUGGAGCCAUGGGUGGGUGUAGAAACUUGGGAAAAAGAGAGAUUCCUGCUGCUUUGUUGCUGCUGGUGGUGGUGAGUCGAGUGUGAAAAUUGGAUGAGAGAUGAGUGUGGUGUUUUUGUCCCGAGGUGAAGGACACAGACUGUUUUCUUGUUGCUCUUGUCCUACAGCCCCAUGCUUUUGCUGCUGCUAUUGCAAUCGCCGAGUACUAGUACUAGUAAUAAAAAACCACUGUACAUAGCACUCAACAAGUUGGCCUGAUCUGCGUUA